AUGGAAUCGCGAAUUUCUUUCCACACUGGAACUCAUCCAAGCGGAACGCAAAUGGAUCAUCUCUUUUCAAAUCCGUUUUUUGCCGACGAAUACGAGUAUCUCCGCGGUGACAAAAAGGGACGUCGACCAGCACUGGUAUCUCAAUUGGAUCUUUAUUUGGACGCUGAUUCGAUCAUUCGCUGCCGUGGCCGUUUAAAUAACGCCGAUUUAUCACGUGAUGCUCGAAAUCCCAUCCUUCUACCGAAGAAUACUGAGCUCACCCGCCUAAUUAUUCGACAUUUUCAUGAGCGCACUCUUCAUUCCGGUGUUUCUUACACUGUUUCUAGCAUCCGCCAGCGAUUUUGGAUUCCUUCCAUCCGACAGCAAGUCAAGUCUGUCGUGCGUGUCUGCAGUCGCUGCCGCCGGGUGAAUGGGGCUCCUUACAGAGCCCCCAAUCCAGCUACGUUACCUAGUUUUCGCGUCCGUGGAGGCAAGGCCUUUGCCGUGACUGGCAUAGAUUUUGCCGGGCCAUUUCCCAUUCGCGGUCAAGCUGGACAGCCGGAGUCAAAAGCCUACAUUUGCCUCUUCACCUGUACCACUUCCCGUGCUAUUCAUCUCGAGCUCGUUGAGGACCUCUCCACGGCUAAUUUCAUUUUAGCAUUCCGAAAUUUCAUCUCUCAUCAUUUUAAGCCUAAAAUGGUGAUUUCAGACAACGCCACUACCUUCGAAAGUGCCGCCCGAGUUCUCAAAAAGCUCUACGACAAUCCAGAAGUCAACAGGUAUUUUUCCGAUUGCCAAAUUGAAUGGCGCUUCAUACCAAAACGCGCACCAUGGUACUGUGGCUUUUGGGAGCGUCUCGUCGGACUCACAAAAGACGCCCUCAACAAGAUGCUAGGACGCACGAAGCUCAAGUUCAACGAAUUCCGGACCGUCGUUUCUGAAAUCGAGGCCAUCUUGAACGAUCGACCCUUAACGUACGUUUCAUCGGAUCUUAAUGAGCCUCAAGCGCUCACACCCUCUCAUCUUCUCUAUGGGGAUCGUUUGACGUCUCUUCCGUACGACCCGUCUAUGGAAGACGAACUUUUGGAUCCUACCUAUGGCGAGAAACCCUCUCACCUCCUGGAAAUAUUCUCCCGUCUUCAAAAGAUUCUGAACUCAUUUCGAAAACGCUGGCAAAAAGGAAUACUUGACUAG